UUUCAGACCCAAAAUUUAAUAUAAAAGAAAAGAUAAAAUACAAAAAACAAGAGGAACAAAACGCGCAACAACGCAACAUAGCAUAAACAUAACAUAACACAAAACGCAGUUUCAAUUGCAUUUCUCUCUCUUUCUCGCAAUUUCCAUUUUCCGGGUUUUGAUUUGGGUUUCGUUUUUCCAAUGAGCGAUCACUUGGUGCUGUUCGUUGACCGUCUCGCGCGCCCUGUCCCCGUUGACCCGGUGGCACAGCCGGCGCAGCUUCCCUCCGAGCCCUCUCCGUCUCCCGCUGCCGCGGAUGCCACCACAUCCGUCGCCGGGAGUUCCGGCACCGCUCCGGCGGAGGAUCGCGUCGAGGAGGGAGGUGAUGAGGAGGAGCCGCUGAUCCAGAUGGCGGAGUGCCGCAUCUGCCAGGAGGAGGACGGCGUUUCCAAUUUGGAAACGCCCUGCGCCUGUAGCGGCAGUCUUAAGUAUGCUCACAGAAAGUGUGUUCAGCAUUGGUGUGAUGAGAAAGGAGACAUUACUUGUGAGAUAUGUCAUCAGCCUUAUCAACCUGGGUAUACUGCACCACCUCCUCGUCCUAACCCUGAAGAAACUACCAUUGAUAUAGGAGGUGGCUGGACAAUAUCUGGCACACCUUUGGACUUGCGUGAUCCUCGGCUCUUGGCAAUUGCAGAGGCAGAACGUCAAUUCUUGGAUGCUGAAUAUGAUGAGUAUGCUGCUUCCAAUGCCAGUGGGGCUGCAUUCUGCCGCUCAGCUGCUUUAAUUUUAAUGGCUCUUCUCCUCUUGCGGCAUGCACUUUCUGUCUCGGAUAGUGAUUCUUCUGACGAUGAUCCAUCCAAUUUUUUCUCUCUUUUCUUGCUUCGAGCGGCUGGAUUUUUAUUACCUUGCUACAUUAUGGCCUGGGCAAUCAGUAUUCUGCAGCGUCGACGACAGAGACAACAGGAAGCUGCAGCACUAGCGGCAACCCAAGUUGCUUUUGUUCUGCAAUCUGGGCAGCGUAGAGGUCUACAGUUCGCAAUAGCACCAGGACCAGCCACGGUACACCAGGAACAAGUGUAAUUUUUAUGGUUCUAUGUUUAAAUAUUCGGAAGGUUUGUUGAAAUGCAGUGCGUUUUUACCUUUGAUUAUCUCAGCUCUAAUGUAUGUACAUGUACAUACUCGGGGGAUGGUAAAACGAUAUUCAAGAAUCCAUUGUUAUCAAUUCAAUUCAUCUAUAUGUGAAUGUAACCUAAUCAUUCAGCUACUAUAUAGUAUGAGAUUUAUAUGGAAAAUGACGAUUAAUUGAGCA